GCGCGCGCGCGCCAACGGCGUGAGGUGAGGGGUCGUGAGGGCGGGCGGCGGUUGAAGAAGAAGAAGAAGAAGGAGGAGAAGGAGGCGGCGGCCGCCCAUGUGGAGCGGUCCCGGGAGCGGGAGGCUGAGCCGCUCGCGCUGCCCGGCCCGAGGAGCCGGUGGAGGAGGAGGGGGAAGGCCCGAAUCGAGUCGCCGGGCCCUGCGCGCUGCUAGCGGGGACGCUGGGAACGGGCAGGCCGCGCCAUGAAGGGUAGCCGGAUCGAGCUGGGAGAUGUGACACCCCACAACAUUAAACAGCUGAAGAGGCUAAACCAAGUCAUCUUUCCUGUCAGCUACAACGACAAGUUCUACAAGGACGUACUGGAGGUUGGCGAACUAGCCAAAUUAGCCUACUUCAAUGAUAUUGCAGUGGGAGCAGUGUGCUGUAGGGUGGAUCACUCCCAAAACCAAAAAAGGCUGUAUAUCAUGACACUUGGAUGCCUGGCACCCUACCGACGGCUAGGAAUAGGAACUAAAAUGCUGAAUCAUGUCUUAAACAUCUGUGAGAAAGAUGGCACUUUUGACAACAUCUAUCUGCAUGUCCAGAUCAGCAAUGAGUCAGCAAUUGACUUCUACAGGAAGUUUGGCUUUGAGAUCAUUGAGACGAAGAAAAACUACUACAAGAGGAUAGAACCCGCAGAUGCUCACGUGCUGCAGAAAAACCUCAAAGCCCCUUGUCUUGGCCAGAACGCAGAUGUGCAAAAGACCGACAACUGAACAAAACCCCAAUGAACACUUUCUUGCACUUGCUUGUCGCCAAAUAAGGAAAGAGAGGCCUAUUGAUAAUUUUUUUUAAAUUACACAUCUUCAUUGUCAUCCUCUUAUUUUUAAUUUUUUUUUAUCUUGACCUCUCUUCAACAAAAUGUAAUGCUUCUUCCAAGGAUUGUCAGAUCAUGUUUGGGUUAUUUUUUAAGGUUUUUUUUUGUUGUUGUUGUUCUGAUUGAGGUGGGAAGAGGUGUGCAAAUCUCUUUAGUUUGAGGUGUGGAGGACUUGAGCAGGUUAUCCUGAUGAUAGGUUUUCUUCAGAGAAUUCUUUCGGUAAGCAGAAUGUAAAUCUGAGGGGGAGAAAAGGAAAAGCAAUAUCUUGUCCUUUUGACUUCUGUAUUAUCUUAUUUUUUAUAACCUACAGGGUACUUUACUCCCCCAGCCUUUGAAUGUUAUUUCAGUACUUCCCACUCUUCUUCCCAGUUCCCCCCACCUCAAGAAAGUAUGUAGUUCUUCCCAAUAUUUUUGAGUAUGGCUUUUUCCUCCAUCAUUUGCUGAGAAGGGCAGGCUACUUUACCAUACUUUUUCACUCUGCCUAGGCUGAUAUUUUUGAAUGUUUUUUUUUUUUU